AUGCCGAUACCUCCUCUUACACCACCAACUGCCCAAGACGGAUUUCACGGAAUACGCGCACGCAGACACUCGUCUUUGUCAAUAGCCAAAAACCUGGAAGAUAUAUCGCUUGAAGAGGACGAUGAUGAGUUAUUCAAGCCCAUAUAUUGUUUUAGAUGUCACAGACAACGGAAAGAUAAGCUUGCUGCUAUAUCCGGUGCAUCGUCAAAGGCUGAUGAAACAGACAAUUCUGCAAGCAACAGCUUCAGAAGAAGACGGAGCUCGAAUUUUUCGCUAAUGGGCUCUUUUCAAGACUCUUUGCUUUCAGGUAGAACGGCUGGCUUUGCGUCUGAUCCGAUCCCGUUCACAGCCAAGAUGGGUGUUUUCCCCACGGUUUCGGAGCCCAACAGGAAGUAUUACAAACCACUUACAGUUCCAUUUAAGGCUGUUUUUUACAAUUGGAGAACAGACUCUGUGGGAGCGGAUUCCUCAAAUAUCACAGAAACCCCGUACGUGGGCGCUAUUGAUUUGGAGAAGAGCUACAUCGAGAAGGAGACCCAAAGAGAAAAAGAAGAGCAAAGCUACUCGAAAUCAGCGAUUAAAAAGUCGCGCAAGAGGCGGUUUCCCGGAUAUUUGCUCCCAAAGACUGGGAUCUUACAGAUUGUCAUUUUCAACAAGGAAAGAACUAUUUGCAACUUCAACGUGGUGAAGUAUGAUCUCAGUGAUCUUCCCAAGAACAGCAAGAAGAUAGUGAGGAAGAACAGUUAUGCUCUCGCACCUCCAAAAAGGGACAGGGUCAAUCCCAAAGCAGAUCCUUCUGCUUUUGCAAGUGAGAAAACCCUGGUUUCCACCUUGGAGCUUAAGUUUGCAAACGUCAACGAUAAGAACUACUACGUCUACGACAACAUCAAAGUGAUUUUCCACAACCGGGCCUUUCCAGCCAAUUUGAAUCCAUCAGGAAACGAUUCUGAGUCUAAGCUUGAUAAUAUGACCCACAGUGGCCAUUCAGCGCUUGACGUUGAUUAUUACACCAAGUUAUGCAACAAUUGUGAUCACCAUAGCAUCGUCCAAAGACCGGUGUUCAAGUCGGACAAACCACGCUACAUUGACGUUUUCACGGAUGACGAGCAUGAUUGUAAUGAGCAAAUGGGUGUUGCUACUGCUAAUGAUGGCAUCCCAAUGGGAAGUGCUACUUAUGGAAUUGAAUGA